CUCUCUGACUUCAUUUCCCAUAAUGCACGUGGAGAAAAGCGCAGAGAAAAUAAACAGAGCUCAUCAUGGCGGCUGACAAUGAUCCCGAGUCUGAGGUGUUUGAGAUCACGGAUUUCACCACCGCGUCCGAGUGGGAAAGAUUCGUGUCCAGAGUCGAGGAAGUGCUGAACGACUGGAAACUGAUUGGCAGUAAUGUUGGCAAGCCACCCGAAAAGGGAGAAUAUACCACAGGCACAUGGGAGGAGAAGUCACGUGAGAUCAACUUUGCCGAUUUCAAGUUUUCCAUCACGCACCAUUACCUGAAACAGGAAUGUGCAGAGAGCGAGGGGAAGGAGGACGGCGAAGAAGAUGCCUUUCCUCUGGCCAUGCAGGACCUGCUGUGUAUGAACAACGACUUUCCUCCGAGGGCACACUGCCUUGUUAGAUGGUAUGGAGUGCGGGAAUUUGUGGUCAUCUCUCCUGGAGCGAACUGUGAAGCGAUUAUCAGCGAGUCCAAAUGCAACCUGCUGCUCAGUUCUGUCUCUGUCGCUCUGGGAAACACCGGCUGCCAGGUGCCGCUGUUCGUGCAGAUCCAGCAGAAGUGGAGGAAGAUGUACGCGGGUGAGUGCCAGGGCCCCGGGGUUCGCACCGACUUCGAGAUGGUGCAUCUGCGCAAAGUUCCCAGCCAAUACAACCACCUCUCAGGCCUGCUGGAUAUCUUCAAAGCCAAAAUAGGGUGCCCGCUGACACCGCUACCACCCAUCAACAUCGCCAUCCGCUUCACCUACAUCCUCCAAGACUGGCAGCAGUACUCCUGGCCCCAGCAGCCUCCUGACUUUGACGCCCUGCUCGCCGGAGAAGUCGGAGGCGUCGAGUUUGGCAAACUUCCGUUCGGCGCUUGUGAAGAUCCAAUAAGUGAGCUGCACCUCGCGACAACCUGGCCCCACCUAACCGAAGGCAUAGUUGUGGACAACGACGUAUAUUCUGAUUUGGACCCACUCCAAGCUCCUCACUGGUCCGUGAGAGUGCGGAAAGCGGACAAUCCCCAAUGUUUGCUUGGCGACUUUCUCAUGGAGUUCCUCAAGCUGUGCAGCCGGAAGGAGACCACGGAUGAGAUACUGGGAAAGAGUUCAGCCGAGGAGGAAAGCAAAGAAAACAGUGACAUCACUCAAGCGCUGUCCAAGCUGACAGAGCCCACAGCGGUGCCGAUCCCCAAGCUGUCCGUCUCGAACAUGGUGCACAGCGCCCGCAAACGCAUUCGCCGGCACCGCCGCAACGAUCAGUCACCACUCAAUAACGACGUGCUCAACUCUAUCCUACUGUAUCUUUUCCCAGAUGCAGCACUGGACAAAUCAGACUCAAAUGAAGCUAAAGCACCUCAGUCGAACGCGGGAGGAAAGAGCGAUCAAGAUAAAGAAACGGAGGACUACAAUCUGUUCAGCGUGCUGAAGUCGGCUCCGUGGGACUGUCUGACCUACAGGCUGGCGCUGUGCGUGUGUUUGGUGAAUUUCUACCACGGCGGCAUGAGAGCUGUGGCCCACCUGUGGCAGGAGUUUGUGCUGGAGAUGCGCUAUCGCUGGGAGAACAAUUACCUCAUCUACGGGUUGCCUGCUGGCCCUCCUGAUCUGCGAUGCUGCCUUCUCCACCAAAAACUCCAGAUGCUCAACUGCUGCAUCGAGCACAAGAAAGCGAGGGACAACGUCCAGAAAGAUGCAGCCAGUGAAAAUGGCCUCCCGGUGCCUCAGGUGUCACCGGGGAAGUCCUGGGACUCGUGGAGUGACAGCGAGGACGAGUUCUUUGAGUGUCUGAGUGAUGCCGAGGACAUGAAGGAGGUGCCGGCGGAUGGAGUUAAAGGAGCAGGAGCCAAAAUAAAGCCUGAGGGUCGACUGCAGCCUCAUGGGAAGUUGACCCUGCUCAACUCAAACGAGCCGCUGUAUAUACCAGUCACGCAGGAGCCAGCGCCCAUGACAGAAGAUGUACUAGAGGAGCAGUCGGAGGUGCUGGCCAAAUUGGGCACGUCGGCUGAGGGCGCCCAUCUCCGUGCCCGCAUGCAGAGCGCCUGCCUGCUCUCAGACAUGGAGUCCUUCAAGGCAGCCAAUCCUGGCUGUUCCCUGGAGGAUUUUGUGCGCUGGUACUCGCCAAGAGACUACGUGGAGGAGGAAGUGAGCGAUGAGGCGGGCGGGACAGUGGUUCAGGGAUCGCUGAGUGCCAGGAUGAAGAUCCCGGGCAACAUGUGGGUGGAAGCAUGGGAGAGUGCCAAGGCCACACCAGCACGCAGGCAGAGGCGGCUGUUCGAUGACACUAAAGAGGCCGAGAGGGUGCUGCACUAUCUGGCAGUGCAGAAACCUUCUGACCUCACACGACACCUGCUGCCCUGCAUCGUCCAUGCUGCUAUACUCAAAGUGAAGGAGGAAGAGGCGGUUGAGGACAUCGCGUCGGUGCGUAAAAUCAUUCCACAGGUCAGCUCUCAUGCCAGUAAGCUGCUGCGCCACCCCAGUCCCGAUCUCAAGAAACUGGAGGAUACUGUUAACCAGAUCACAGUGCUGGAGGCCACCAUUGCCCGGGCUCGCUCUCUCAGAGCUAAGUUUGGCCUCGGGAAAGGAGAGAGAGGAGAGGACACUGAGGAUCUCGAGCUGUUUGUGAGCUCUCUGUUAGAAGAGCCGGAGGUGGCCGUGAUUGGCGCGGGGCGGGGCCCGGCAGGCAGCAUCAUCCAUAAACUGUUUGUCAGCGCUCAACGGACGCAACGUUAAUACUUUUGCCAUCACAUCCCCUCGAACCCAAGACAUCACUGUGACCACACACCUCUGACACGCCGGAUUGAAUAAAUUAAUGCUCUCGAUGAAGCUGUUUAGAAGAUGAAGAUGAUGAAGAUGGCUUGAAAUGAAACAUGCGGCUAAAAAUCUGAUUGAAGGAAGCACUGAUGAAAUACAGUUCUCCGUUAUGGGUUUUCCCAGAUUAAUCGAAAACAGGGCUUUGUGAUGACUGUAUAGGGCAGCGAGAGCGCAGUGGUCAUGACUGGAAGACUGUGAGGUCAAAUUUCAGAGCUGCCACUACUAGGCCCUUAAGCAAGAGCAUAAAAAGAAAAAAAAAAGUAGUUUAUUUUUAGUAAAGUGUAUUUGGAAAAAAUAAUCAAUUUCUAGCACAAAAGCAAGAGAUAACUAGUUUUAUUUCAUCAGCUGUUAAAAAAAUGGCAGUUUUUCAAAAAUACAGAUAUUUUUGAUAUGUUUUUAAAAGGCAGUUUUUUGAAAAUGCAAGUAUUUUGGAUAUGUUUAAAAAAGAAAUAGAGGUAAAAUUGGACAGAACGUUGAUAUUCAUAUAGAAUUUUAUCAUUUAAAAUUGAAAUUAAAUUGAAAUCCGAUUAUCAUGGGUUUUGUGACGGCAUAUUUUUAAUUUCAGUUUUAACACACACAGACUCACAUGGGAAUUGUUCACUAUCCACGCCAGUCUCACAGAAAAAAAUGUUCACAUGUAACUUAUCUGCGGCACCUUCUAUAUGAAUAUCAACAUUCUGGCACAAGCAAACUUUGUAUAGGACUUUAUACACCAACGUAUUCUAACCAAGCUAACCUCUACCACUACUCUAUUUGAAUAAGAUCAAUACAUAAUGCAUAAUUUUACCUCUUUUUUUAAAAAAACAUAUUGAUCAUUGCCCAGUUUAUGCGCAAAGUUUGUGCUUUUCACAACAUAUGAUUAGACUCACAGGGCUCCUCCUGUGAAGAAUCCUACAUGACUUGAUCUCACUCACUCUACAAUUCUAUAAUUCAAGCUAGUAAUGAGAAACGUCUUUAAAUUAAAUUCAAUAUAAGCAAUGGAAUCACGUUUUGAUAAGAAUAUUCGCAUAAGAAGUUUCUUAUGUAAACUAUACGUAAUAUAAUCUUAAAUCUGAUCAACUUGAUAUUUUUGUUCAGUGUAACACAGGUAUCUGUAUUCUCAGUAUCCUAGAGAAUUUACAAUUAUUUACAGAAUUUACAGAAUUUUUAGUAAAGAAUGAAGCUGAUGAUUGUGGACUCGAUAUAUUACUCAAAUAUAUUUUGGAACUGAAAGUGUCCUUAAUUAAAUCUGAUCAAGUAAAUGUUUUUAACUGAAAUUAAAAGUCAGGCAGUUUGUCUAGAAUGUUUACAAGUUUUGACCCCUUGCUGCUGAGAUGCAGGAGACGUUUGGGAAUGCUACACUUUUCUGCUUUCUCAGCCAAAGUUAGACCAAAUGCCACUAAAAUGUGCCCAACGCAAAAGCCGAUUCACUGAAGGGGAAAGGACGCGGCACGUGUACGACGCGUUUGUUUCGGGUUGUGGUUCAUUUUGCUUUUUUCAGACUUGAGCUAGGUGAACUCUGAGCUGGGAAUUCACAAACCUCACCCUUGUGAGCCAACAGAAAACAGGAACCGUGGUAUUUUUGUUUGGUAAACGUAAGCGGAAAGCAGAUAAGGAAUUUAAAUUAAAACCGUUUUAGGUAUUCAAGCUGCCUGCUGUCGUCACUAAUUUGUUUGUAGCCUCCACCAAUCACUAUUUUAUUUUUAAUUAAAAAUAAUUUUACUGUAUGACUCAUAAACAGUUCCUUGUGCAUUGAUACAGACUAGGGGAUAUUUCAAGUAGAAUGAAUGAAAACAUUUAAACACAUAUAACACAGACAUGAGUGAUUAGAUUGGUAGCCGGGCAAAAGAAAAAAUAUUUGAGUUAUGUUAGAAUUGUAAAGAAUUGCCAUUUUCCGAAGGACAAAGUGUGUGUUUCUCUACAUAUGUUAAUUUUAAAUGAUCCAGGAUAGUGUGAGGUUCGAUCCUCAGCUCUGGUUAUCGUCUGUACAGGGAUUCACGUCACAUCAUUCAAAUCUGUGCGGGUUUCCUCUGGGUUCUCAGGUUUUCUGUCCAAAAACCAAGCUAUAGAUCAAUCUUAGGAUGAAAAUCUUUCCAUUGUGAUCUGAUCGUGAUCAUCGGCUCGUUCGUCUAUACUGCCCCUACGGCAAUUCAUUCACAGAGAAAUCGUACGACUCCAAGAGACGGAAUAUAUUGAAAGAUAUCAGUGGAGAGAGAUUUCAUUCUUGCUGCAGAGGUUCAUUCUUGCAGAGGUCGUGAGACUCAGAAGCCAGAGUAUUAAUAGGCUGCAAUUUGUCUUAGUCAGAGAUCUGCAAUCCCUUAUCAAUUAUGCAAAAAUCCCCACCGCAAGCGCAAAUGUGUGUGAGGUUUACACUGGGUUAAAAUUAGUUGAACAAAUUAACAUUUGGUUAAUGUAAUGAGUUUUAUGAUGUAAUGGCUUUUAACCUUAUAAACAUACGACGCAUUGAUAUCUGCAACGUUUAACAAUAAACUUUUUAAGGAAGUUCAGGAAGUGCCGAUCCAAUCCGCUGACCAAAUUUAUUAUUUACCCAGGUGUAAAAUAAUUACGUUAUAGUAACACCGAAUUGUGAAACUUUAAUAGGGAAGAAGCCCAAGAGAUACAGCAUAAGCCAAAACUCAGGAUCAUGUAAUGCACAAUGCUGCAGGACCAUCAUUAAGAAGAACUCUGUGUCACUAAUACACCUCGAGCAGUUUGAAUUAGCGGUCAUACUGGCAAGUUAACCGUUUAUCAGGUUAGUGGAGUUUAUGGAAGGUCCUGUGGUGCAGGGAAAAAAGGAAAGGAAUUCAACAGUGUAGGAUUUGAGCUUGUAGUUCAACUGCAAAGUGCAGUUUGAAAUGAACUUUGCUCCAAUGAGGAGCAGCUGCAGCAAAAUAUUAUAUUUGGGAAAGAUGAAAGCGUGGCUAUUUAGUGACGCCGUGAUGCUUUUGGACUCGAAACUUUAACUUUUUUGUGUUUGUGCUGCAAGUUUGAUAGAUAUUUGAAGAUUUUCUUCUCCUAGGUAAACAGGCUAAGAAUAUUACAGCAGUGUUAAAAUGUCAAGAGUAUUAUUUUGCACGAGUGUGUUUGAGGAACGCCAAUAAAGACACGGCUGACUUUUUCUUUAA